CCUGUCGCAGAGCAAAUUACGGGCAAGAGUGGACUCAUUUACGGUCGUAAUUACUUAAAUACUGGCAGUAAUUGGGUAAUUACGACCAUAAUUACCUUCCUCGGAGUUUACUGAAACACGCGUUUUGGGUGAAUUACGGGCAGACCAUGAUUACGACCGUAAUUCAACCCGUAUUUCACCCACAAUCGGGGGUUUUAGGCAGAUUCAAGCCAAAGGAGAGAGAGUCGGCUUUUUGGAGCAAAAACAGAGUGUUAGAGAGAGAAAGUGCGAAGAACAAACCCUAGGAGCUAUUUGGAGUGGAUUUCUCGCGAUUGAAGCACCGAUUGUAUCCCCAGGAGUGAAGAUUGACAUCCCAGAGCAAAUUCUUCCCAUUGUUAUGAGUAUGACUGCUUUGUAUUUUGUUUCCCUCUCUCUCUCUAUGGAGUAGAACUCUCUCUCACUUGGGUAUGAAGAACCCUUGUUCCAUGUGUUAGGAAUCUUGAUUGUAAUUACGUUUGGAUUGUGAUAUUGCUUGAUUAUAAUUGAUUGAAGUGAUUUGAAUGAGUCAAUUGAAGUUUGAUCACCUUUUAUUGCUUUCUGCUGCAACCCGAGAUAGAUAGAAUCUGAUUAGUUUUAGAGCUUCUUCAAUCGGUAGUAGUGAAUCGAUUAUACGAGAGUUAGUCGAUUCACUGCUUUGUACUGGAAUCUAAUUCCAGUAGUGGAGUUCUGUGUUCAUUGCCUCAGCAUUCCAUCCUGGUGAAAACUAGUCGUCUGCCGGGAAGUUUGACUGAGAGGGCUUGGUCAGCUUAAGAGAUUCCAAGCUACUGUCGGAUCUUCCGCAGUAUAAUCAGCAGUAAAGCAACCAAAAGUAAUUACAACUGUGACCUAACUAAGGAGCUAGGGGAACUCAUUCCCGAGUGACUCUUCCUUUGCUUUAGAAAACCGAACCAUUUCCUGCUUUCUUAUUGCUUUUACGUAAAUCAACAAUCAAUCAACUUAGUUUGCUAGAUAACAGAUAUACACGGAGUAGGUAGUAGAUCUAGACCCCGGGUUGACAAUUAGAGCUUGCCUGUUACUGCAUUUCCGGACUGCGAUUACACUUGGUCGUAGUUUGGUGUUGUGUUUUAACGUGUCAAGUUUUUGGCGCUGUUGCCGGGGACUCUAGGUGUAGAAACAUGAAAGUCCGUUACUUUAGCAUUUACUUUUAUGCAUCCUCUCUUUUCCACCCUUGCUUUUCACUUGGGUAUUUUGUUUUUGUUGGUGCAGAUCUGAUACUUGGAUUCUCAAGGCUUCUCCAACCAUUGGAGGUAUCCACCACCACCCGAGUGGUAUUACCCCGAGACUUCCUUGAACACCCAGGGAGACGAAGACUAUGGAGUCGGGUUUCAGUACCAACCCCCUACUACGAAGAACAAUCCGACCCUUGGGUACUUCAAGAACAAUCUCAUUAUCAAGAAGAAUUCCUCCCACAACUAGAAGGGCCAUCAGAUCUUGAUUUAGCCACAGCCUUCACGGGCCAUCUGGCUGAGCCAUGCUACACUCCACAGCCAGAUCCAAACUAUCACUUGAGGCUUCUCGUGGAGCAGAUUGCUCGAGUACCUGACAGAUCCUUUCCCGAGAUGGAUCCUCAUAUCCAGGCCAUGGCCCAAACUAACUUCUCUUUUCCCCGUAAAACAGAGGAUACCCUUCGUAGCAUAAAGAAGCACAUAGAGAUCAUUGAGAAAGCUUGUGCACAGUUUUCUCAAGACAACCUUUAUGCUGCCAUACAAGUAGAGGAAGAGGAAGAAGAAGGCAAUCAUGAGGAUGUUGAGGAGCAUACAGAAGUUGUCACGGAAAGCUCCCAUGAUAAUCAUGAUCAAGUGUAUCCUCUAGUGGUAGAUCACAACUGUCCCCAUUUCCGCUCUGAUAUGCUGGGCCCGAGCGAGGAGAUACAAGAUGAUCUCCUUGAAGAAAUUACAUGGCGACUUGCUCUCCAAUCUGUGCUAGAAGAAGAAGAGCGAGAAAGGGCGAGGGAAGAAGUUGUGGAGGAUUAGGAAGAAAGCAAAGAAGAGGAAGUUCUUGAUCUUUUCCAAGGGGAGAGACCACAUUCUGAUGAAGGAAGGGGGUUAAAGAAGCAAGUGGUUAGUAGCUCAUAAUAAUAAUGAUUGUUGGUGCCAUCUCGCUCGAUGUAUGAACAAUAAUGAUUGUUGGUGAGGGUUGACUCGUCAUCCGUUCGUCCGAUCUCGUCGGGAGGGAGAGAACCUGUGAAAGAGCCGGGGUUGCCCCCCGGAUUAAGCUCCGACGAUCAAGUCAGUUUAUGUUUAAGGUGAAAGUUGAGAGAACAAGGUGGAGAGAUAAACUGUAGAGAGAUAAUGGAAAGUGGAAAGUGAGGAGGGAGCAGAAGAAGCCCCCUUCUUUGGAGGGCUUCAAGCCCUUAUAUACCUGUAGCGGGUAUCGAGUGUUGCCCAUUGUCGAUUGUGCCCCUCCUACUUAGUCUGAAUCGGAGUAUUUCAGUAACACCCCCAACAAUUGCCCCCCAAGCUGGUGGUGAGUUUUAACUCAUCGCUAGCUUGUUAUUUUUUUCAAAAAAUCUUCAUCGAUAAUUUUGGAUGGAGCCCUGUGUACCCCAGUUGCCCCCUGCUGGUGGCGCGUUUGACUGACGCGGUGCCAGCUUCUUACGUCUUGCCCCCCAUUAGCGCCAUUAACGCUCAGAAAAGUAAAAUAUUUCAAUAUUUAAUAAUGAUAGAGGGGUAGAGUACUUAGUUUUAUGUUGGCGAAGCGGCGCGAAGAGUUGUUAAAAUAGAGUGUUGCGCCAAUGAAUCACAAGGCGCGUA